GCUUUCGGUCGCGAGGCGGGGGGCGGUGCGGGGAAGAGCUUGUCGUCGUUUUCGUCGUCGCCGCCGCCGCUGCAGUCAGAGGCGUUGGCAGACCUGAGCAGCAGCCGCAGCACGAUGCCCACCGUGGAGGAGCUGUACCGUAAUUACGGCAUCCUGGCCGAUGCCAAGGAGACCGCGGCCGAGCAUAAAGAUGCUUACCAGGUGAUCUUGGAUGGUGUCAAAGGGGGUGCCAAGGAGAAGAGAUUAGCAGCACAGUUUAUUCCAAAGUUUUUCAAACAUUUUCCUGAGCUGGCUGAUUCAGCUAUUAAUGCCCAACUGGACCUUUGCGAGGAUGAAGAUGUUUCGAUCAGGCGCCAAGCAAUCAAGGAAUUACCUCAAUUUGCUACAGGGGAUAACCUUCCCAGAGUGGCAGAUAUUCUCACCCAACUUCUGCAGUCAGAUGAUUCUGCAGAAUUCAACUUGGUUAACAAUGCUUUGCUAAGCAUAUUUAAGAUGGAUGCUAAAGGAACAUUGGGUGGUUUAUUCAGCCAGAUUCUUCAGGGAGAGGAUAUUGUGCGAGAAAGAGCCAUUAAAUUUCUGUCCACAAAACUGAAAACACUGCCUGAAGAGGUAUUAACAAAAGAAGUAGAGGAACUCAUACUGACAGAAUCAAAGAAAGUACUUGAGGAUGUGACAGGUGAGGAGUUUGUCUUAUUCAUGAAGAUACUGUCUGGCUUAAAAAGCCUGCAGACAGUGAGUGGACGGCAGCAGUUAGUUGAACUAGUGGCUGAACAAGCUGAUCUCGAACAAACUUUCAAUCCAUCUGAUCCUGAUUGUGUGGACAGACUCUUGCAGUGCACCCGUCAAGCUGUCCCACUUUUCUCAAAAAAUGUUCACUCUACAAGAUUUGUCACUUAUUUUUGUGAACACGUGUUGCCAAAUUUGAGUUCUCUGACCACCCCUGUUGAAGGCCUUGAUAUUCAGUUAGAGGUACUGAAACUACUUGCUGAGAUGAGUUCCUUCUGUGGAGACAUGGAAAAACUAGAGUCAAAUUUAAAGAAGCUUUUUGAUAAAUUACUGGAGUAUAUGCCACUUCCUCCAGAAGAAGCAGAGAAUGGGGAGAAUGCUGGGAAUGAAGAGCCCAAAUUGCAGUUCAGCUAUGUGGAAUGUUUGUUAUAUAGCUUUCAUCAACUGGGCCGAAAACUUCCAGACUUUCUGACUGCCAAGCUGAACACAGAGAAAGUGAAAGAUUUUAAAAUUAGAUUACAGUAUUUUGCUCGAGGACUGCAGGUGUACAUCCGACAGCUUCGCUUGGCACUUCAAGGCAAAACAGGAGAAGCAUUAAAAACAGAAGAGAACAAAAUUAAAGUCGUGGCAUUGAAAAUCACAAAUAACAUUAAUGUUUUAAUCAAGGAUCUCUUCCACAUUCCCCCUUCAUACAAGAGCACAGUUACACUGUCUUGGAAACCUGUACAGAAGUCUGAAGUUGGACAAAAAAGAGCCAGUGAAGAUGCAACUUCAGAUUUGCCAGCAAAGAAGGCUCCUGCAGGACCAAAAAGGGACGCCAGGCAGAUUUACAAUCCACCUAGUGGGAAAUACAGUAGCAACUUGGGCAACUUUUCUUAUGAACAGAGGGGGGGUUUCCGUGGUGGACGAGGAAGAGGAUGGGGUGGACGUGGUAAUCGCAGUCGUGGAAGAAUCUACUGAACCCAGUGGCAUGUUCCAAAGCCAUUAUGCUAAAACAUCAUUAAAGUUUGAAGGAUUGCCUGGAAGGUUGCAUUGUUUAAAGGACUGCCUUCUCCGAAAGACUGAUUUAAAUGUUCUUAUAUCUUUGUAUGUAUGAUCUACUUUUCUAAUGGACUACAAACUCACCCACAGUGAAGCUACAACUGUAUUUUUGGAUGUUUAAUAGCUGUCAUUUUGAGUUUGUGUUUUUUUUUAAACAUCCAGAAUUUUUUUCAGGAAAAAGCAUGGGUGUUCCAGCUGAAGCUGCUUCCAGAUUUUACAUUCAGCUAUAAAUAUGGCUAAUACAAAGUGGACAGUGUAUAAUAAUUGAAUUCUAGAUAAUGGAUGGAAGUGUCAUAACUGAAGUUGAAAUCAGUAACCUUUCUCCAGACAAAACCUUAUUUUUUACAAUAAGUGGGGAAGAGUUGGGAGGGGAAGUAGUAUAGGCUGUUAAUGGUGGCAUUGACUGUUGACAGAAAUCCUUGAAUUUUAAAGUAUGCAACAUAGAUACAGAAGAAUCUACUGUUCACAUAAACCAGGCCGUUCACUUGUAUGGAGAACUUGCUGUUAACUUCUGCAUCACAGUUCACUCUUCUCCAUAUAUUGUAACAUAAUGUGUUUUUUGCAAAUGGAUUUUAAUGUCUUCUAUAAAUAUGUGUGUGUCCGUAUACACACACACACACAAUCACACACACACAUAAAUGCAUACGUGUGUGCCAUAAAAUUCUAAUAAAAACCUUCUAGAAAUGUAACCCCAGAAUGGCAAAUUUGUGAGGCUAUGACAGUUCAUCAGAGAUCCAAAGUAGACAAUAAUAUCCAGACUUUCCCAUUAGUUUAGUCUUUAGCAGAAACCUUUCAUUUUUAUUCAGUUAAAUCUGUGUUUAAAAAUAUCAAGCAUGGCAUCAUACACUUAAAAUUACAGCUGUUCAGUUGCACUUGAGUAAAAACUUCAAUCUCUUUGUAAUACUUAAGUAAUUGUAAGAACCUUAUUGUAAUGAUAAGCUUCACAGAAAGUUUAUUUAAACAAAACGAUGUUUCAAACUUGAUUUUUCGUUCAGUUUGGCAUUAAAACCAUUUCUUUUGUCUUUUUUUUUAAGAACAAGCAUUGUAAAAUAUCUAGCUCAGCAACAGAGCUGAAAUAGGAAAAACCCUAUCACAGAGCAAUCCUAUGGCCCAUAGACUAUCUGAGGCAGCAUAGGAUAUUUCAAACUCCCAGAUCUGAGGUUAGAGACUGCACUUAGGCUUUGGACCUGGGAUCAGAACACCCCCCCCCCCUUCUGCUCUAUGAGGAGGGAGGGAGAAGGGGCAUUGGCAUGGAGGGAAGCAGACUGAGUAGGCCAGGAUAUGAAGUAUCCUGUGGUGUCUUCAGCCUUCUUUCCUUCUUAUGCUCAUCUGCAUAGGAUUGUACUAUAAAAUACCAGGUUUCAAGCUUUAUUUAAAACCAAUUAAAUUUCUUUUCCUUGGCCUCAUUUUCUACAUCUGAUUGUCCAUACUGGAAACCAUAUUUUGGUAUGUAAGGUAUUUCCAAGAAACUUAUAAUGUGUUGAUGAGGAUUAGCUUAUAAACUGGACAAAGAGGUUAUCUUAGAUGGCAGUGUUUUGUUUCCUACAGUAAGCACAAGCUUUUCUGUAAAAUAGGUCUUCAUGGAAAGAAAUGGUUCAAGUUAAAUUAAAGGUCAGAUCUGUAUUUGCUUGUACUAAUCUUUAUGGAAAGGUGAUUUUAAAAUUUCCAUAGUUGAAAUGAUUUAAAGAUAAAAUUCUAAUAAAGCAAAUCGUCUGCAUCUCCCAUUAAGCUAUUGCCCUUCACACCAGUCAGUUCAAAUUACAAACUGAUAGUUGAUCAAAAUGGAAUUUGAUUUUUUUUAAUAAUUCAGUGGUUUAAACAGAAUAUCACAUAAGCAGGCUUUGCCUUAUUCUCCCUGUAGCUCCCAGCCUCCCAGUACUGCUCUGGAGAGCCCACCAGAGAUGUGUAGGGUGUGCAAAAAGCUGGGGAAGGGAAAUAGAGGCUAGCAGUUUCUGUCCUACUAGCUAACAGUUUGGAUUGGAUACAACGCAAUAGUAUUGCUUCUUUUGACUAUUAUGACAAUUAGUUUUUCUUAAGAAUGUCAAAGCCUGAUUUUUAAGGAAGUUUUAAUCACUGUGCUCCAGUAGCUGGGGGAGGGGGGAGUGAGUCCCUUAAGUAACAAGCUGUCUUCAUAUAUUUCUACCCAGAAAUAAUGUGCAGAUUGUCCUUAGAAAUAGGUGACUUUCAUAUUGUGUUGCAUAUGCAGUGAAUUAUUUUGGAGACACCCACUAACCACUUAAUUUUAUUUGUAAUGUUUCCUUUAUGCCUUUGCAAUAAAUCCAUUUUGUAAUUUU